CUCAAAUCAAAUUCCGCCGAUAAAAACCGCCAAAAUGCCCCCACCGCCGCCUCACAACGCCCCUGUAGAUGUUAUCCGGCGGAGAUCGGCGGCACCACCAGCCGCGGCUGACGGAGCCGAGCAGCUACGACGCCUCAACCACUCCCAGAGUCCUCACCGUCCUCUCCUGCGUGCUGGAGAAGCUCGUCGCUCGGAACGAUCAAUUGAGCGGCGGGAAGAGCCUGAGCGCGUUCCACGGCGUCCGAUCGCCGGCGAUCGGGCUGGAUAAGUACGUGGAGCGGAUCUACAAGUACACGAGCUGCAGUCCGUCGUGUUUCGUGGUGGCGUUCGUGUACAUCGAUCGGCUGCUCCACCGCUAUCCGGAUUCCCUCGUGGUUUCGCUCAAUGUUCAUCGCUUGCUCGUCACCAGCGUCAUGAUUGCUUCCAAAAUACUCGACGAUGAACACUACAACAAUGCAUUCUACGCUCGAGUUGGAGGGGUGAGCAAUCCGGAAUUGAAUAAACUAGAACUAGAGCUACUCUUUUUGUUAGAUUUUGACGUCACUGUCAGCUCUCGAGUCUUUGAGACCUAUUGCCAGCACUUGGAGAAGGAGAUGCUAUGCAGUGGCAUCGCCGAGAGGCUGCCGGCCCCGGGGAUAACCAUCUCCGUUGACGACGUCACCGAGAUUCCUGUGGAAGACCCACCAACUCCACCACCCAUCUUAGUCGAUUCAUAGUUACAUUUUAUUUUGUUUUCUUCUUUUUGCAUAAUUUGUAAAAAAAUAUUCCAUAUGUUUUCAGUUGAGUUGAUUAAAUUUUAUAUGUUUCUAUCAA